CUACGGUUAGCCAAUGAGUGGGUUUCAACAGUUUCUCAAAAAUUCCUCUUUCUUCAUCUUUAUACCUUCAUCAUGUUAGAACUUCUUAUUUUUUCUGUCAAAAUUGCAAAUAAAAUCUUGCAUAAACGCCCCAAAAUUUGGCAAUCUCCGCCGUGCACAGAAACUUCGCCGCCGCGAAGUCGAUCGGGAUGGGGCAAGGCGAUCGGGCUGAAUCCCUGCAGCCCAAAAUCUCAACUGUCUAUUUCCCGAGCCGCGAAGUCCCCAAACAUAUACCAUUCUUUUCCCCAAGGAUCGUACGCUGCUCGAAAAUGCGAGGGAUCAUAUUUGCUCGGUGAUCCUCCAUACAAGUACAAACAUAAUGAAGGUUGGAAUUUAUUUAAAAGAACCUGUCUUUUCACAUGGUCAACUUUAUGUUGCAUUAUCACGAGCAACAUCAGCAUCUAAAGUCAAAAUUCUAAUCAAGCCACCAUUUUUUGAAAAACAAAGCGAAAACCAUACUAAAAAUAUUGUGUAUACUGAAGUGCUUGAAGCAUCUAAAACAAAAAGUAUGUGUUUUCCCCAACUUUUUAUGCAAAAAUUUACUUUGUUAUAAUUUACAUAAAUUUCUAUAUUUCAACAGGUAAAAAUGUCGAGGAAAUAUCUUUCAAUCAACCAAGUUGAUGAUCAUGUUGAAGGCUGGACGGUGUUAAUUCAGGUGGUGGAACGCAGCCAUAUCAUGCUCGAUCGAAAAGGUUCAACUACACUUAGACGUCACCUGUUAACUGAUUCAGAGGGAACUUUAGUUUCAGUCACCAUAUUUGGAACUCACAUCAAACAUUUUGACAAGAACAAGAAAUUGCUCCCUUUCAAAAGAUACUACAUUUCAAAUGCAAAGGUUAAGGAAGCUGAACCCAUGUACAGAGUUGGCAACUAUGCUUAUAGUUGGGUUCUAUAUAGCAAUAACUUGGUUGAGGAAUUGGAGGAACCCAUCCCACCAAAUCUUCCAUGUCACAUUGAACUCAGCAAAUUUGAAUACCUUUUUAAACAUGCAGAAGCAGAAAGGCUACUGAAUGUUAUGGGAGUAAUAGUUCAUGCUUUUCCAUAAAAAAAAAACUUGGACUCAACCACAAGAGAAUUUCAUCAUUGUGAAUGAAGAAAAACGCUUGAUGCUGCUCACUUUAUGGAAUGAAUUCAAUACUGAAGAGGGGACCCAACUUGCAAAUGACAUAGAAAACUCCAAUGUCAUCAUUGCAAUGAGAGUCAAAGUCACCACAUAUAACGGUCUCUCGCUUUCUACAAUACCCACAAGUGGCAUCAUGAUCAAUCCACCAAUGCCACAAACAACUGACCUAAAGCAAUGGUACACGGAGAAUCGUUCUUUUGUGGUAAACAGCAUAAAGGCAGGCACUUAUAAAGAUCCAACAAUUUUGUUCUCACCUCCUGCCGACCAAGACAUUUUAGACAUUGAAACAGCACUAGCUAUUUUGAAGGAUGAAAAAACUGCUUGGGUAAAAGGAACUCUAAAACUAGCAGCCAAUCAUCGCUCGAUGUGGUUUAGUGCAUGUGGAAACUGUCAAAAGUCUAUUAACGCUCCUCUAGAUUGGAACAUAAAAUGCCCAACUUGCAACCAAGAAACCACUGUGACAGCAAGGGGCGGAGUACUUAUGCUGAAGUGGCAGCUGCAAUAGGGAAAAAAGAAGUCAUUUGUUUUGUUCGCCAUUACAGCAUUGACUCUCCCAGAGCAAGUAAUCAAGAAACAGGUAGCCAAGUCGGAAAUCACCACAGGUACACCGUUAUCAAACUGUACACAGCAGAAGAAACUCAACAGAGAAAAUUAAACCACUUGGUUGAUCCUUUUGAUACCUCUGGUCAUGGGAAGUCUAUUGCCAACAUUAACUCAAGUGUAAGAAAUAUAUAA